CGGAGGGAGGGAGAGCAGCGAGCGAGCAGCGAGGGUGGCUACGCGCAUCUCGCGCAUGCUGUUUCGCCGAGGGUGACCAAGAGAAACAGGGAUGAAUCAUGGGACUUGACUGGCGUGAGAGGGAGAGAGAGACGGUCGGCCGUAUGUGGGCGUCUAGUCGUGGUGAACCGUGCGAGGUGAAUAACGCGCUCUGCGAUCCCGGCUCCGCGUUCUUCAGCUGUCGAUUCCCGACUCGCAUUUAUCCCGACGCGAUAUCUUCCCUUCGGCGAGCGAGGAGAUUGCGAGUCGCUUCGAUCGUGCUGCCUUACCCGGCAGAGUGGGCAAAAAUUAGGAUCUAGGACCACCCGGGCGGCGGCGACCCUACGAGAUGACGGACGGACCAGAUGACAGCACGCAAGGAGAUGCGACGACAUGCGGCAACAUCCUGGUCAUAUUAUCGUGGAUCGUAGUGAUCGUUACGAUGCCGUUCUCCCUCUUCGUCUGCUUCAAGGUUGUGCAGGAGUACGAGAGGGCUGUCAUCUUUCGAUUGGGCCGUCUUCUGUCCGGCGGUGCCAAGGGUCCCGGAAUCUUCUUCAUCCUGCCGUGCGUGGACAAUUAUGCGCGUGUCGACCUGCGAACGCGAACUUACGACGUGCCACCGCAAGAGGUCCUGACGAAAGACAGCGUUACCGUGUCCGUUGAUGCGGUGGUUUACUACCGCGUGAACAACGCGACCAUCUCGAUCGCGAACGUGGAGAACGCUCAUCACAGCACAAGACUCUUGGCCCAGACCACCCUGAGGAACACCAUGGGAACGCGACCUCUCCAUGAGAUACUGAGCGAGCGCGAAACGAUCUCGGGAAAUAUGCAGGUUUCCUUGGACGAAGCCACUGACACUUGGGGAAUUAAGGUGGAACGAGUCGAGAUCAAGGACGUGCGACUGCCCGUUCAACUGCAAAGAGCCAUGGCAGCGGAAGCCGAAGCUGCGCGUGAAGCACGCGCUAAAGUAAUCGCCGCGGAGGGUGAACAGAAGGCCAGCAGAGCUCUGAGGGAGGCGUCGGAGGUGAUUGGCGACUCGCCGGCCGCCUUGCAACUUCGCUACUUGCAGACAUUGAACACGAUAUCGGCGGAGAAAAAUUCCACCAUCGUAUUCCCGCUGCCGAUCGAUAUGCUGACUUACUUCAUGAAGGCUUUGCCGAAAGAAUAAUCGCAGGAGGUGGAGGGACGUCGCGGGACUAUUGAAUAGAAAGACCAGAUGACGGUUCCCCCGGGAUCCUGUUCGCGGGGUCGCGGACGAGGAGUUUCUUUUCGGCGAAUUAUCCAUACUUGUACUUGACACGCUUGUGUAUACAUCUCGAUAAUAGAGAGUUGCCAAUAUUCGACCAAUCUCACGACGACAAUUUUCGAUUCUACAGGCUACACACGUAUAUUAUCGUAAUGAUCGUAAUGACGACUACACGAAGAGAAAUUGAACGACACGUAAGUGCGUUUUCGUGUAGAAUUGACUCGCGGGGUGUGGGGAUGCACUGACAUCAGCACAGACUGAAACGUAUUUUUGGAAAAUCUUACAAGGUUAUUUUACGCGUUUUACGUGCUGUAAAGCUGUAUAGCAUAUGUACAUAGAACGUAACUGUGAACGACGUUAUAAUGUUCGAAUGAAUUGAAUUAUAUACCUAGUUUUGCGCGCUGACGGAUAUACUUGUUAUACCGUCUUCGACGCGCGGCGAUACUUUCACUUGCGUCGUGUGUGUGUGUGUAUAUAUAUAUAUAUAUAUGUGUAUAUAUAUAUAUAUAUAUAUAUGCUUGAUUAAAAAAAAAGAAUCAAACGGCGACAAGGAACGUACGACGGAGUCGAUCGAUGAGGCAAGAUUGAAGAGCCGAGUACCAAGCCGCGCUUACAUUAGAUCUCGCACUGCCACUAACGCCAGAGACAAAGGGCGAUCGAUCUCGCGAUACGCGUUAACGCAAUUCACGCUCGUCGGUCACAUAAAGAAUUCGUCGUUCAAACAAUGACAACUUUUAAUCAACGUUAAGGGAACAGCUGUUUCUUCAGGUGUCAAUUUCACGACGAUGCACGGACGCAACAAGACUGUUGUCGAUAACGGAUAACGACUAAUGAAAAAAAAAAGAAAGAAAAAGAAAAAGAAAAGAACUUCCGGCAUCUCGCCUAGUCGCUACGGUACUAAAUUGUAUUUUACGUCUAAGAAAAUGAAAGCACUUGAGUCGCCUAUCAGUCCAGCGUAUUCCACAAACCUCUAAGGUCUAAUUAAUUUUACGUGUCACGCACCACACAUGUGUGAAAUGUUUGUACUAUAGCGGCCUGCGACAAUUGUUUGGUCCAACAUCGGCAACUCUUGCUAGCGAUAUUCAUCAAUUGUUCACUCGAUCAAUGGUAUUUGCGCUUUGACGUUUCUACAAUCUAUCUCGUAAGAAGGAAGAUCGUGUCAUGUACAUUUAUGUGUACAUGGACGAUCUUACGAGAAAAAUCUACAGUAUUAGUUCCUUCGUAAAGUACGAAAUUGAAAGUGAAUGAGCAACACCUAUUUGCUAAAGAUAAACGUACAAUAAACGUUAAAUCAUCGAAAGGUACGUGUGCGUCACGUAAACACGUUGAUACUUUCCAUGUUCGAAAUUUUUCAUUAUACGAGGGGGAACAAACAAGUUUUCAUAUUAUAUAUAUAUGUAUAUUAACGUUAGCUGUUUAAAAGGCAGAUACUAAUUAUACUGAAUGUAAAUGACAUGAGAACUCUAUCCGAGAUGUUUUAAAAGACUUAUAAAGGAAAAUUCAUUGUAACUGUGAUGGCUAUCGUUAGGCUAUCGUUAGAGAUCGGUCUUGCUAGUCAACGAUACCGUUGAACAAAGCGAGCCGGUCGUUUGCUCUUCCGCGUACGCGGGCUCGCUUCUCAACACAGCGAGAUAUUACGUAAGAUUCGCAUUUUCAAAUAGAGAACACUUCGAUCCGUAAUGCAUGUUAAAUAAUUUUAGAAAAAGAGAGAAGGAAAGAUUGCAAUAUCACGUGACCAUACGGUAUUAAGCGACUGUAAUUCGCGAUUUUAACGUUGUUUCCGUCUUCUGACGACUACACACAUAUACAUAAAAAUAGCGUCUCGUUACUGCAUACCUAUACGUAUAGUAUAUACACACAUGUGUAUGUGUGUGUGUGUGUAUAUAUAUAUAUAUGUAUAUGUAUUAUAUAUGUAUAUGUAUAUGAUUAUCACCAUUCUACGACCAUUUCCAAAUGUCACUGGGAGUUUCGGCAUCUCCCAAGAACGAGAUGGAGACAGCUACCUCUGCUUUUGUUAUAUGUACAAAUGCAUGUACACACGUCUGUUUAUACACGUCGUUAACUUAAGUUACGUUAAUUCACGACCUUUCGACCUUCGACCUUCUACGUGGAUCUGUGGACGUUUUGUGAAAGAACAAAAAGAAAAAAAAAAAGAAAGAGCACGCACACACACGGAUAUUGUUAUAUACGUGUGUUUUAAUCUUAAUAUUCUACCGUUACUAUUAUUCUGUACAGUUAAUUGACUAAACAAUUACGAUAGCACGAUAAUAAUCUACGACGUAAUUUAUCGUCCCUUUAUCGUUCUUGAUACUUUAUUGACUGUUAUACUUUGUGUGUGUGUGUGUGUGUGUGUGUGUGUGUGUGUGUGUGUGUGUGUGUGUGUGUGUGUGUGUGUGUGUGUGUGUGUGUGUGUGUAUAAUCAGUUCCGUUAUAAUUACACAAUAUUUGUUGAGAAUCCGAGAAAAAACAUAUUUUUUCUUCCGGUCUAGCUCGAUUUUGUAGUAAUCCCGCGACCACAUGCGAUUGCUCUUUGCUCUACACGCGAGUAUAUGCGUGAUGCAAUACAUCUAAUGGAACGUUUCUCUGUUUCUCCUUUCUUUUGUUUUCCAUAAAGAUACGCAUGUUGGUACCUUGCGAUUUGUACGCGACAGCACGUUUUCAUAAAACUAAACAAUCAGUCGUUUUUUAAAGCGAAAUCUUCGUAUGUCAACGUAGUAAAGAAUAAAAAUGUGUGUGUGUGAGUGUUAAAAAGUUUCGAAAUAAAAGUUCUGCGAUUCUGCAAA